UGUCACGUGACGGUGUGUGUUUAAGGCAGAGCUCCAGUUUAAGGGGAACCACAGAACGGCACGCAGGCGGCCGGGACGCACUACGGAACGGAACCACACACACCAAAAAAAAAAAAAAAAACUUUUGGGAUUUAACUGGGAUUUUUCCUGUUGAUCCAGAGAGAAGGGCUGGAGCGCAGUGGGAGUGAGUUUUCAGAUGGGUUUUGGUCAGGAUGAGUCGGAGUGUCGGAGCUGGAGGUGGAAGUGAAAGUUGAGUGCGCUGCUGCUGGUCCGGGAUGGAGGCGGAGGUGGGUAAGAUCUCGGUGUGGGUGUGCCGGGAGGAGAAGCUGGUGUCGGGGGUGACGAGGCGGACGAGCUGCGCGGAUGUUGUGCGCGUGCUGCUGGAGGACCGGAGCUCCCCGGCGCUCGCGGGCUCCGCGCAGUCCUACUGCAUCGUGGAGAAAUGGCGCGGGUUCGAGCGCGUGCUGCCCAACCGGACCAAAAUCCUGCGCCUGUGGACGGCGUGGGGUCGCGAGCAGGACAACGUGCGCUUCGUGCUGGUCAGGAGCGACGCGUCGUUACCGGGCAUCGGGCCGCGCAGCGCAGAAGCGCGCGUCGUCCCCAGUAAAGACAAUAAACCCGACCCGGUGGCACCGGCGGCUCCGGCUGACGGGGAGAUCUCUCAGGAGAAACGGCGCCGUGUGGUCCGGAAAGCGUUCCGCAAGUUAGAGAAGAUCAACAAGAAGAAAGAAGAGCCGUGCGCGGAGGAGUGCGCGGAGAGGAUGGAGACCCUGCUGCACCUCGUCCUGUCUCAGGACCACACCAUCCGGCAGCAGACAGAGCGCAUCCACCAGCUGGACGGAGAGAUCGAGAGGCACGAGGCCAGGGUUCACUCGGACAGAAUGCGGACCCACGGGAUCAAUUACGUGCAGGACACCUACCUGGUGGACAGCGCGAGCGCAGGCGCGGAUCUCGGUGCGGACGCCAUGGCGCGGUGCGACCAAGUGAUCCGACUGCAGGAGCAGCUCCUAGAGCAGCGCGCGCUGCUGGAGAGACUCACCGAGGACAUGCAAGAGGAGCUCGAGAGGAGGUGGAGGACACGGCAGCGCGGAGGAGACGCGGAGGGAAAAGACGCGCGCUUAGAAGAGGACAGGAUCAGGACGCAGCUGGACACGAGCGCCUACAUCGGACUGCGCCUGCGCACCGAGCUGGAGGCGGUGCAGCGCGAGCUGGAGGCCAGUCUGGGCCUGUGGGAGGAGAAGGAGCGCGAGCUCACACACUUGCAGGAGCAAAUGGACUCGUGCGCCGGAGACGCGCGUGAAGGAGAGGCUGAGUUUACAGAUGAUGUCCAGCCUCCACCUCCACCACCUCCUCCACCUCCUCCUGUGGACCAGAGUGACUGCUGGGUGGAGCGGGUGCGAGGACUUUCCAAAACUCACCCGGGGGGCAACGAUGAUGACUCGGACACUGGGCUGAGUUCGAUGCACAGCCAGGACUCGGAUAACGCAGCGGUGUGUGAGUCACUGGUGUGACACUCCGAGUCCUUCUCCUGUCCCUGUGUCUCAUCUCAUCUCAUCUCAUUAUCUCUAGCCGCUUUAUCCUGUUCUACAGGGUCGCAGGCAAGCUGGAGCCUAUCCCAGCUGACUA